GCCCGCGUGUGCCCGCGUCACACUUUCACCGGAGUAAUUACGCUCGAAUAUACACUCGGCUCGGCCCGCAGCACCGGAACAUUCGCUCGCUCUCGUGUGGUCUGGUUAGUCGCGUGCGCGCGCGUGUGUGUGCAGCUGCCAUCGCUUCCUCAUCGCACCGCCAUCCUCUAUCCGGAUAUCAAAGCUGCUUCGCUUGACCACCUAGUAGACAUACGACUAGUAGUUGCAGCGAUCAUCGUGUUACUACGGGCUAGGUUCGUAUAGGCGCUACCACAGCAGACGAAGAGUUAUAGACAAGGCUGACAACCAUUGAUGACAAUGCGGGAAAACGUGGCCACAGCGACGCAGCGCGCAAUCUGUUUCAUAUUAGUUGUUUCUCAGGCACAAUAUUUAUCCGCGAUGAGGCUGAAUCCAAAAGUGGUGGUAUCAUGUGAGGAUCCAAAGGCCAUGGAAGUCACUAUCGACACCCCGGGCACAGUGGCGGGCGCCAUUUAUGUUAAAGAUCAAGUGAAGAACCCUAAGUGCCUUCUGCAGCCAACAUCUGCCAAAACUGUGUUCGUGAUUCCAUUCGACACGUGUGGUACACUCAAGGAGAACGAGAUAUACACGACAACAAUCAUCAUUCAAAGACACGCCACAGUCGUCACCUCAGAGGAUAUUUCCUAUCGCAUCCAAUGCUCAUUUGACACCGGCCUGCAGACGAUACUCAACUCCGACGUUGAUCUUAACGACCUGAAGCCGAUCAACGUGAAUAACACCGCAGCGCCACCUAGAGUCACAAUGAACGUCUAUGACUUUGUAGCAGACCAGUUCGUGACAAAGCUCAAACUCGGCGAGGUCUACGAACUUGAAAUUGACAUUACUAAUGGACGCAUGUACGGGGGAUUUGUACGAAACUGCAAAGCCAUCAGUGGAGAUGGUAUGGUAUAUCAGCUUCUCGACGAUAAAGGCUGUCCCACAGACACAUCGAUAUUCGGGAAGGCAUACACGGACGACCAGUCUAUGAACACGGGUCACUUAUUCAUCUACAUGCCGUUUGAAGCGUUCAAAUUUGCAGAGAAUUCUAAAGUUCGCUUUCAGUGCACGUUAGUAAUGUGCAGAGGGACUUGUGAGGCGACACAAUGUGGUGAGGAAGUUGGCGAGACCUUUGGUCGUAAGAGAAGAGCCGCUAAUGAAGAUGAAGAUGAAGAUGCUGAUGUGGUCGAAGAGGUGGCCAUGACUAGAGGCUUUGAAGUGAUUACUGAAGACGACACAUCGCUGAGGGAAAUGCUUGCGCAAGACGAUAACGUGAAGAGGAAGCUGAUGGAGGAGGCCAGUCACCUGCCGUGGAUCGUUCUCACGGCGCUUCUCGCCACGCUUCUCAUCGUUUCCUUCGUCUCCAACAUCCUCUUCUUCUCCAAGCUGCGACGACACCGGGCCGAGUGCGCAAAGUACGGCAUUGAAAACGCAUUUGUAGCGGAACCGCCAAAGUACAUGGGCGCGGGUCUUUCUAGCCACGGGAACUCACUCAGUUGCGACAACAACGAACACCAGUGUAGAAAUGCCGGUCAGCUACCGGCCAACACCGACAAGAACUCACGGAGACUCUCGUAGUUAACACCUGUGCUCUCAUUAUCGCCACUAACCUCCUCGUGCAGGCGAACACCCGGUAUAUACGUAUAGAGAUAUCUAGGUGGUCAUUCGUACUCGGCGUGGCUUUUAGAUGGUAUUCGUGCGAUUUGUCGAACGAGUCGGUGACCGGUUUUAUUCGCUGAAUUUCCAGAAUCAUGAAGUAAAACGCAAUGACAUCCUUGAAUCAGUGUCAUCUUCUAACAUUUGUAUAAUUAUGCGAAUUCACGUACCUCAUCAUAUCAGGCUCAGACCAGACCGUUCGAAGCUUAUUGUCACAUUUGUUGAAAAAGACAUAAGGAGCGAUGCUCAUUGUUUGAUACAAUGUUGAUGUCCAUUGUUGAGCACACAGACGUAGAAUAUUCAUAUAAUUCUGAUAAUUUACAAUGUGGUAAACUCACGUGAUAAGAUAUGAUUAGGCGCGUUCCCACACAAGAAAAACCGCGAUGCUAAUCGCGAUGAAAUACCGAGAUAAUUGUGUCGUUGUUCACACAGGCGAAUAA